CUGCAUUGAAUGAGUGCAAAUUUACUCAAUUUUAGUCAUACUAGUUGAGAAAAGCCCAAAAAAGAAGAAAACAGCAAAAAGAGUUAAGAGAGUUUUCUUUCUUCUUCUUCUUCUUCUUCUUCUUCAAUUGAGCAAUGGCGGACGCAGUUGAGAUGCCAAGAGUAAAAUUGGGAAGCCAAGGACUUGAGGUCUCCAAAUUAGGUUUCGGUUGUAUGGGGCUUACUGGAGUCUAUAAUGCUCCUCUUCCCGAGGAGGAAGGGAUUGCAAUAAUUAAGGAGGCUUUUAGUAAAGGAGUCACAUUUUUUGACACGUCCGACAUUUAUGGCAUGGAUCAUGCGAAUGAAUUCUUGGUCGGGAAGGCAUUAAAGCAAUUGCCUCGAGAAAAAAUACAGCUUGCCACAAAGUUUGGUAUUUAUAAGAUUGAACCAACUAAGAUUACAGUGAAAGGAACUCCAGAAUAUGUUCGUGCCUGCUGUGAAGCUAGCUUGAAGCGCCUACAAGUGGAUUGCAUUGAUCUCUACUAUGUGCACCGUAUAGACGUAACAGUGCCCAUUGAAGAAACAAUGGAAGAACUUAAGCAGUUAGUUGAAGAAGGUAAAAUAAAGUAUAUAGGCCUCUCUGAAGCUCACCCGGAGACAAUAAGGAGAGCACAUGCAGUUCAUCCUAUCACUGCUGUACAACAGGAGUAUUCCUUAUGGACGCGUGACAUUGAGGAUUAUAUAGUUCCAGUUUGCAGGGAGCUUGGAAUUGGGAUUGUUCCAUAUGGCCCUGUUGGACGUGGGCUUUUUGCUGGAAAAGCGGUUAUUGAAAGCUUGCCCGCUAACAGCUUUUUGGUUACACAUCCUAGGUUUACUGGAGAGAACUUUGAAAAGAACAAAUCUAUAUAUUUUCGUCUGGAAGGAAUAGCGAAGAAGCAUCGUUGCUCUCCGGCUCAACUUGCUAUUGCAUGGGUCCUUCAUCAAGGGGAUGAUAUUGCACCUAUUCCUGGUACAUCGAAGAUUAAAAAUCUUCAUGAUAACGUAGGCUCUGUGAGGGUGAAGCUCACAGAGGAAGACAUAAGAGAACUUUCUGAUGCAGUGCCCAUUGGUGAAGUGGCAGGGGAGAGAAUUGGUGAGGCUCUUUAUAACACUUCAUAUAAGUAUGGAAUUACGCCACCCCCAAGAAAAUGAUUGAUGCACCUGUUGCAAGUGGAUUGAGCAUGUUGUUUCCUUUUUUACUUCUUAAAUCCAUUGCCAUCUGAUUCCUCUUUUUGUACUCGACAGUUGAAUAAUUAAAGAUCAGUCUUCUUGUAUUGCUACAGUUAGAAUAAAGAUCUGUCUGCUUGUGUUUUGUCU